CGGCCGAUUCAUGUGCCGCCUGGCUACCGUGUGAUCUGGCCGCGUGUUCAUCCGCCGCCGCCGGACCGGUCACGAUCGUCUCCCCUUGGAUGCGAGUUGUUUUUCGUCUACGCAUAGCUGGGUGUCACCAUCAAAGUCGCUGUAUGGUCUUAAGAUGAUCCCAAGGUUUUUUGAUGAAUUGGACCUUUUGGAAUUGAGGACCACGGGUAGAUUAAUGAUGUUCUAAAUUUCAAGAGACUUUCAAGUUUUUACGGCUGUGUUUGUGACAUUUUUGCUGUUAGUGAAAUGGGAAGAUCUUACACAUUAUGUUGUUGAGGAAAAUGAAGUCAACAUUCGCGGCGAUGAUGACGGCGAUGACGCUGCUGCCGUUCGUCUUGUCACACAGCAACCACGUUUACGUUUCGGUGAUCCACGGCCACGACCAGGGUUCGUUGCUGCCCAGGACCAUGGACAGGGCGAUGCCGCCGUCGGUUCGGGUGCUGUACGCCGAGAUGCCGGCCAACAAGUUCAGCACGGGCGCCCUAGAAGCAGUGCUCGACCUGUGGGCGAACAAGACGAUCGUCGCGUGUCUGCUGCUCAUACCCGAACCAGUUGGCUCGAUGCCCGCGUUAACCGCUACCAACUACAGGAUACCCGUGCUCUGGCUCCCUUCGGUGCAGCGAAUAGACCAGGAACGCUGGAACGAGAUGGUGGUCAGGGUAUCGAUCACACCAUGGGAAUUGUUUUCCGCCCUCAGAUCAUUUUUGUUGCACACAGGAUGGCAUAAGUUUUACGUGUUACACUCGAUCACGAUCGACGAGAGCGUCAAGACGAUGCUGAGCAUUGCUCCGUUAAGUUACACGUCGGUGCCCAUAUCGUCGGACUCGUCCGACCUUAUGCUAUUCAGAUCUAUGGUGGAACUGUCGACUUCCGAGGCUUCUGUGGUGGUAGUGGUCGGCGACCGGGACUCGGCGCAAACUGUCUGGCGCCAGGCGGCCGCCCUCGGGCUGUUGCCUACCGGCAACGUGGCGUGGCUGUGGCUGGACAUCGGCAACACCGGCGGCGGCGGGUUCAACUCGACCGGAAAGAGGAAGGGCAACGUGCCGGUGGGAAUGCUGUCGCUGCGUCCCGUCGCACCACCGCAGGCGGACAAGCACACCGUCCGAGCGGCAGUGCGCGUGUUCGCCGAGUGCGUCAAGGACGUGAUGGCGGCCAGGUGCGAGGGCUGGACGCCCAAGGUGUCCAGGGUUGGGGACGCGUGCGUGGACGUUUUGCGGGGCCCCGAGUUCCCAGGUGAUCUGUACAGGCAACUCAGGAGUGCGGUGCACGACGUACUUUCCGGCCGGUCGAUUGGCCGCCGGGCCAAAGCCAACGCCGAGAAACCGGACCUCAGCCUCGCCGUCCGAUUUGACAUCAUGAAUUCGAUCGCUAGCAACCGACACGCACCAAAUGGCUAUACGAGGGCUUGGAAGAAAGUCGGCACCGUCGGUCCGUCCGGCACCGGUGGACAGUUGGUCAAGUUGGACUCGGUGGUGUGGGCCGGCGGGAAAAUGGUGCCGGCCGUCGGUCUUGGCAGACGGGCCGUGUACAGAGUGGUCACCGCCAUCGGACCACCGUUCGUCAUGCAUGCGCCCCUGCAACAGGAUCGCCAGUGUCUACGUGGUAUACAAUGUUACCAAAUGACGACGAGCAGCAAGGACAACAUAACCAUGAUAUUCAAGGACGUCAAGUUGGACGCAAACAAAAAGUCGCUGCCGGAGACGUAUUGCUGUUUUGGAUUGUCCAUAGACCUACUGGAAAAGAUGUCAAAAGACUUGGAAUUUGAUUUUCACCUGUACUUGGUUGCUGACGGCACGUUCGGAUCCCGGAAGCUCCAGUGGAAUGGAGUGGUCGGUGAACUCGUGUCCGGGACUGCACACAUGGCCUUCUGUCCGCUGAGCGUCACGUCUACGAGAUCGAAGUGGGUAGACUUUUCUACACCUUAUUUCUACAGUGGCGUUUCCCUGAUGAUCGCCCCAAAGAGAAAGACCAACGUGCCACUUCUGGCGUUCCUGUUGCCACUAAGCCCGAACCUGUGGAUCGCUAUAUUCGUGUCACUCCACGUAACAACAGUGGCAGUGGCGUUGUACGAAUGGUUCAGUCCGUUCGGGUUGAAUCCCUCUGGCAGGCAGAGAUCCAAGAAUUUCGGUAUGCCUUCGGCGUUGUGGGCGAUGUGGGGACUGCUCUGUGGCGCUCUCGUCAACUUUAAAGCACCGAAAUCGUGGCCAAACAAAUUUUUAAUUAACGUCUGGGGCGGAUUUUGCGUUAUAUUCGUGGCUAGUUACACUGCCAACAUCGCAGCUCUAAUUGCUUCGCUUCUAUUUCAAAACGCCGAUGUGGAUUACAACGAUCGAAAUAUGUUCUUGAUGAAAGUUGGAUCGGCUAAAUCGUCGUCUGCGGAGGUUUAUUUAAAAGACAAGAAUCCUGCUUUAUGGCAACACGUUCAAAAAUAUUCUGUUCCAGACACUGCGUCGGGCAUGCGAAUGUUAAGAAACGGUAGUUUGGACAUAUUUAUUGGUGACAAGCCUAUUUUGGACUAUUAUAGUGGGACCGAUCACGAUUGUAAACUCCAACCAUACGGAGAUCCACUUUAUGACGACGUUUACGCAGUGGGAAUGACCAAAAAUUUUGUCUUAAAGGAAAAGGUAUCUGCAGCUGUUUCGACGUAUACCAACAACGGUUUCAUGGAUAUCCUACAAAACAAAUGGUUCAGUGAUUUACCUUGCGUCAACCGUGAGCUGGAAACAUCGGAUAUAGGGCAACCGACACCAUUGGGCGUCGACGCAUUUUUAGGCGUUUUUCUCAUGUUGGGCUGUGGAAUACUGGCAGGCGCCGUUAUCCUUUGUUUAGAACAUGCCUUCUAUCACUACGCGUUGCCCAAACUUCGGCAGAAGCCACCAGAUUCGAUAUGGAGAAACCAAAAUAUGAUGUUUGUCAGUCAAAAACUCUACAAGUUCAUAAAUAGCGUAGAAUUAAUUUCGCCACAACACACGGCCAAAGAACUAGUACACACGCUAAGACAAGGGCAAAUCGCAUCGCUGUUUCAAAAAAGCGUACGGAGAGUGAGUUUGCCUUUUAUGCAUCCUCAACACGCACAGAAAGAGUUUGAGCGUAGAAAACGGAAAGGUCAAUUCUUCGAAGUUAUCGAAGAGAUCCGAAGAAUACAAAGGGAAGAGAGGGACAAUAAAAAACAAAACGUCAGGUUGACACUGUCGAACUCUCCGACCGCCGGCCUGUCUCCGAAGCGUACAACGGCGAAAUUUUUGUCACCGGCUAGGUUGAGCCUCGGCAGACGUUACAGCAAGCAGAGGUCGCGGAGCUCGGGGAACUUGAGCAUCCGCCGGUACAGCACGGACGUGGCUAGUUAUUCGGAGACCGUGGGCCGACGACUUAGCCAAGGGGCAUCCAACAGCCCUCCGGACUUCAACACGCGAAAACAACUAAUCAGACGGUCAUCGGGAAACCCCAGCCCGGCGGACUCCAGCAGGAUGAGCAUAUUUUCCGCGUCCGAACUGAUCGGGGCGAAACUCAGCAACAACAACUUGUACGUGGAAAACGAUCUGCCACGCAGCCCCAACCUCCUGUCACCUGGCGUAUUUUUUAGGUCGAGUUUUUCGUCGGACACGUCAUCGUCACGACCCGACUUGCAGGGCAUACAAUCGCGGAAGUCGAGCUACUCGCAGGGACCGCCCCGGGUGAUGAUCAACGGCGAACAGCAGCCGACCACCCGCCGCAAAUCGGACGACGAGCCGCCGGCCACACUGCCGCGGAUCGUGGAGGUGAAGCGGGCUCGCCGGUCCAGCGACGGACACCGGCCGACCAAGAACCGCAAGACCGUGGAGGUGUUCCGGUGGCUGAGACAAGCUCCCAAGACGGAGCUGGAGGCGCUGAGCAAGAUGUCCGAGGACGAGAUCAAGCACUGCAUAAUCCAAGCGCUCAAGGACAAGGACCCGACUUGAUUGCAAGUCGACGGCGCCGCCGGCGGCGGGGGCUGCGACGACGGUGACGACGACGACUACGACGCCGAAGACGUCGCGGUCCCGCCGCAGUUCGCGUGAACGCCGUCGUCGUCUACACAACUGGCCAGCAGUAGCGUCUAAUAUGAUUGUUAUGAUAAGAUACGUUAUAAAUUAAUAUAUAUCGUCAUGACGAUAUUGUGAUGAACGAAGAAAAAAAAAAUGCGCUCAUUGUUUUUGUUAUUACAUAUGUUUCUCUCUACGUUUGUUUGUUUCCUCCGAUAAUAUUAUUAUAAUGUAAUUAUUAUUACUAUUGAUAGUGUAAUAAUAUAAUUGUAUUGUACA